GUGCCUUUACUACCAGCAACGUUCCGCAAAAACUAUAGGGUCGAGCCUGUCAGCGCCGAUAUUGGCGCAUUUCUUGAUAUCGAACUCAAUGUCAGGAGGUUGAACGAGAUACAUAACUGGCUAUGGCUUGUCGGACUCCCCACAGCACCCCGACCACUCCAUUACCAGAUCGUCAAAGGAAGGGAGAUUAUGGUGACGGAGCAACUAGAUUUGCAUCUCAUCUGGUCCUCUUCCAAGUCCUCCUCGAUACUCAUUAAGCCAUUACCCCGUUUCCUUUUUUGCCAGGUAUUCUGGCAAACCGAAAUCUGUCCGCGUCCACAUUUGUACAAGACAGCACUUGGUUUCAUGUUAUCGUAUGUUGCGCUCAUCGAACGAGAGGUCGACUACAACUUGGCUAUCUUCCAUGGACUCAUUCCCAAAGAGAUAACAUGGGCCGUGUGGUUGACGCUCGUGAGCGACAUUAUCUGCACCCUGCCUCAAGCAGUACCUUUCAACUCGGCCCUCGCUCCGUCGGUAAAUAUCAUGGAAGGCCACAUAGGCAUCAAUGAACGUUUCAUAUAUGGCGAGCUACGUCUUGGGCGGCUGAACUGGAUAUACCGCUUGGUCAUGGGAGAGAUACGUGGGUAUCUUAGCGGCUGUACCACGUAUGGAUCGUUCAUGCGGGAGAAUAUCAACAGCCUCAUCACUUGGUUCGCAUACACGACGAUUGUCCUCUCGGCGAUGCAGGUCGGGCUCUCCACACAGUCCCUCGGAGACAACCACUCCUUUAGUAUGGCAUCCUUCGUCUUUUCGGUUUUCUCUAUUCUGGCGCCGCUCGCAUGUAUUCUUGCCAUCACCGCCAUCAUGGCGGUCAUGAUUAUCGUCAAUCUUGUCCGGACGCUGAGGAUUCGAAAGCAGAAGCGACGUAGA